AUGGCUAAUAAUGUAAUAGUUGAUACACAUUAUACACAAAAUAUGAAUCGCUCAGUAACGAGUGAUUCGGAAACAUAUCAACAAUGUAAUUAUCAACAAUUUCAAAUGCUUGUUCAUUCAGUUGUUGAUCAAUUAAAUACCGAUGAAGUUCGAUUAAAGCAUCUUCAAAAUAUUUCGGAUAAUAUUGAAGUUCUUUCAACUUUACCCAAUUAUCCAGCAUAUAUCGAUUUAUUAGUUAAAAAUUUUCUUAGAUCAUUAAUUGAAACAGAUACUGUAUUUAUUAUUCCUAGUAAUGCACAAACAAUUCGAAAACAAAUGAUUGAAAUAUUCCAUCGUUUACCAAUCUCUGAAGUUCUUCGUCCAUUUGUUAAAGAUAUAUUAUCACCUAUAUUUAAAUUAUUAACAAAAGAAAAUGAAGAAAAUGCAUUAUUAUUAUUACGUAUUAUUGUUGAAUAUAUGAAACAAUUUCGUCCACAAAUGAUCAAUGAAGUUCGUGAAUUUCUUCAAUUUGUUCAUAAUGUUUAUCGACAAAAAGCUUCAGCACUUGAUCAAAUUUUUACAACAAAAACAUUUUCUUAUCCAACAAUGACAAUUAAUGAAAUUGAUAUCAUAAAUAUUAUUGAACAAAUAUGUUCAUCUGUACAAUUAACAGUAAAAAAAAUUCAAAAUUUACCAACACAAUCAUCAUUAACAACAGAUGAUACGACUAAUUCAUCAUCACCACAAGUCGUACUUGAUACAUUUACUAUACUUUCUCGUGCAUCACAUUCAGUUAAAUUAUUAGCUGAAUUUCCAGUUGCGAUUGUUCUUCUCUAUCAACUUUGUCGACAAUCAUUACAAAUAGAAUUUGGAGAUUUAGUACCAUUAUUUUUAAGAUAUCUUACAUUACAACCAAACAAAGAACAAAAGACUGAUUCGAAAUUUAAUAUGGAAAUAUAUAUAGAAUUUCUAACAACACAAGCAAAAACAUUAUCAUUUCUUGCAUUUGUUGGUAAAACAUAUCAGGAUCAAUUGGCAUCAAAUAGUGAAUUAUUAGUAAUUGCACUUUUACAAUUACUUGAUGGUUGUCCACCAGAAAAUGUACAAUUACGAAAAGAUAUAAUUGUUGCUGCUCGACAUUUUCUUUCGUCAGAUUUACGAACAUUAUUCGUACCACAUGUAAAACGAUUUUUUGAUGAAAAUUUAUUACUUAGUAUUGGUUAUACUGCACGUGAAACACUCAAACCAUUAGCUUAUAAUACA